CGCUGACUCCCCCCGCGGAAGUGUCCGAAUGGUUUGUUCCUAGCGAGCCAGUCAGUGUGACAGCGCAGGAGAAGGCAGGCGAAGUGAGCGCGCAGAGGGGGGAGAAGGAAGGCUUCAUCCAACCGCCUGCCAUUGCAGUGCGGCGGCAGCUGCUGCUCUGGAGCCACCGCCACGGAGGUCUUUACUCCUCUGUUAAGAAUCUCACAAGCACGCCGCGAGGACCAUUGCUAUUGUGAAGAGCGCAGCAAUGGAGGAGACAGUUAUUUGGGAACAGCACACAGUAACACUACACAGGGCACCAGGGUUUGGCUUCGGGAUAGCAAUAUCAGGAGGUCGGGAUAACCCUCAUUUUCAGAGUGGCGAGACCUCCAUUGUCAUCUCGGAUGUGCUGAAAGGAGGCCCGGCAGAAGGCCUACUGCAGGAAAAUGACAGAGUGGUAAUGGUCAAUGCUGUCUCUAUGGACAAUGUGGAGCAUGCAUACGCUGUCCAGCAGCUUCGCAAAAGUGGGAAAAUUGCCAAAAUUACAAUCAGACGGAAGAGGAAGGUGCAUGUCCCCAUGGGCCGGCUGGGGGAGAGGGAAACCAUGUCAGAGCAUGACGAGGAGGAGGACAGCUACGACGAAGAGAUAUACGAGACGCGGAGCGGCCGCAGCGGUGCUUACAGCGGGGUGGGUGGGGCUAUGGGCAGGCGCAGUGGGCGGAGCGGCGGGCGACGGGACAAGGAACGUGAGCGGAGCGGCUCACGAGAGAGAAGCCUCUCCCCGCGCUCAGACCGCCGCUCGCACAAUCUUCCCCCACGCCCUGCCAAGGUCACACUAGUCAAAUCUCGCAAAAAUGAAGCAGAAUAUGGCCUGCGCCUGGCCAGCCACAUCUUUGUCAAGGACAUCUCUCCAGAGAGCCUGGCAGCCAGAGAUGGCAACAUCCAGGAAGGGGAUGUUGUACUGAAGAUUAAUGGCACAGUAACAGAGAACCUCUCCUUGAUAGACGCCAAGAAACUGAUAGAAAGGUCCAAGGGCAAACUAAAAAUGGUUGUUCAGAGAGACGAGAGGGCAACUCUACUGAACGUCCCUGACCUCGAUGACAGCAUUCCUUCAGCCAACGCCUCUGACAGAGAUGACAUUUCAGAUAUCCAUUCUCUGGCAUCCGACCAUUCCAAUCGAUCGCAUGACAGACAUCGUAGCAGUCGCUCUCGAUCUCCAGACAGACGAUCUGAACCCUCAGACCACUCCAGACAUUCGCCCCAACAAAUCAGCAACGGCAGUCACAGAAGUCGUGAUGAUGAUCGGACCUCAAAGCCUGCCUCAACACCAUCAAAGCACGUGGUGGAGGUUCCUCUGCCAAAACCGAAAGAGUCAUCUGUGACAAGAGAGGAGAAGCAGCUCCCACCUCUCCCAGAGCCCAAGCCGGUGUAUGCUCAGCCUGGACAGCCAGAUGUAGACUUACCAGUCAGUCCUUCUGAUGCCCCUGUGCCAAGCGUCACCCAUGAUGACAGCAUUCUACGGCCGAGUAUGAAACUGGUGAAAUUUAAAAAAGGGGAGAGUGUGGGUCUGCGCCUGGCUGGGGGCAACGAUGUGGGCAUCUUUGUCGCAGGAGUUCUGGAGGAAAGCCCAGCUGCUAAGGAGGGCCUGGAGGAGGGCGACCAAAUUCUCAGGGUAAAUAAUGUAGAUUUUGCUAACAUAAUCCGAGAGGAGGCGGUGCUAUUCCUCCUGGAUCUUCCUAAAGGUGAAGAGGUCACCAUUCUGGCUCAGAAGAAAAAAGAUGUGUAUCGGCGGAUUGUGGAGUCGGAUGUAGGAGACUCCUUUUAUAUUCGGACGCACUUUGAAUAUGAGAAGGAAUCACCUUAUGGGUUAAGUUUUAACAAGGGUGAGGUUUUCCGAGUCGUGGACACGCUCUACAACGGCAAGUUGGGUUCCUGGCUGGCUAUUCGCAUCGGCAAAAACCACCAGGAGGUGGAGAGGGGCAUCAUCCCCAACAAAAACAGAGCAGAGCAGCUGUCCAGCGUUCAGUACACGCUCCCUAAAACAGCCGGCGGUGACAGGGCCGACUUCUGGAGGUUUCGAGGUCUUCGCAGUUCAAAGAGGAACCUGAGGAAGAGCAGAGAGGACCUGUCUUCUCAGCCAGUCCAAACAAAGUUUCCAGCUUAUGAGAGGGUUGUACUGAGAGAAGCUGGUUUUCUUAGACCGGUUGUGAUAUUCGGACCUAUCGCUGAUGUUGCUCGAGAGAAACUAUCCAGAGAAGAACCAGAUCUCUUUGAGCUAGCAAAGAGUGAACCCAGAGACGCAGGAACAGACCAGCGUAGUUCAGGAAUCAUUCGUCUUCACACCAUCAAGCAAAUCAUCGACAGAGACAAACAUGCUGUGCUGGACAUCACCCCAAACGCUGUGGACAGACUGAACUAUGCUCAGUGGUACCCGAUCGUAGUUUUCCUAAAUCCUGAUAAUAAACAGGGUGUGAAGAACAUGAGGACAAGACUUUGUCCAGAGUCCAGGAAAAGUGCCAGGAAACUUUAUGAGCGAGCCAUUAAACUGAGGAAGAAUAAUCACCACCUGUUCACCACGACCAUUAACUUGAACAAUAUGAAUGAUGGAUGGUAUGGAGCUCUAAAAGAAACUAUCCAGCAGCAGCAGAAUCAGUUGGUGUGGGUGUCAGAGGGCAAGGCUGAUGGUACUACAGAGGAUGACUUGGAUAUCCACGAUGACCGUCUGUCCUACCUUUCGGCGCCAGGUAGUGAAUACUCCAUGUAUAGCACAGACAGCCGCCACACUUCUGAUUAUGAGGACACAGACACUGAGGGAGGAGCAUACACAGACCAGGAGCUAGAUGAGACUUUGAAUGAUGAGGUGGGUCUACCCACUGAGCCCGCCAUCACCCGCUCUUCAGAGCCUGUGCGAGAAGACCCCCCUGUGAUACAAGACACCCCUGGGUACCCUGGAUACCAGCACCCUGUGCAGCCCGACCCAGCCAGUCGAAUAGACUCCACUGGGUUCAAGAUGGCCGCUCCACAGCAGAUGUACAAGAAAGAUCUGUACAAUAUGGAGGACCCGGUGCGAAUCAACCACGGUCUGAAGCAGUCUAUGAGCUACAGUCACCAGCCUCCGUACCAGGACAAACAGCCAUACCACGAGUACGACCACCCGCCUUACGGGUACGAUGGAGGCGGCUACCCAGAACCAAAGCCUCACAACACUGACUCUCACCCGCACUACGACAACCGUGUGCCUCAUUACAACGAACAGUGGCCCCCAUACGACCAGCAGACCUCGUCCUCCCAGCCCGUCGGGUAUCAACCGAGCCACCAGCAACCCAUGGGCUACAACCCUCGCUCCCCUUAUGAGGAUGGACCAGGAAGAGACUACAGCCCCCCUCAGCCACGCUACGAGGAAGCCCCGCCAGCGGGCUUUGAUGGCAGACCACGCCACAAUAAACCUGGACCAAUUCGUUAUGACGAGCCGCCUCCCCCACCCCCAGCAGGCUACGACGCCCGUUCUCCUUAUGAGACAGAAUCCCACAGCUUCCCCAUCAAUUCACCUCGCUCACCGGAGCCUCCAACGCAUUAUUAUGGUGACUCUGGUUUGAGGCCUACCUUCUUGUCCGGGCCUCCAAACCGGGGUUAUAAGCCAGGGAUGCAUGAGCCCAUGAUAAACUCUGAACCCAUCGUUCCCCCUCCUAAACCAGAGGCUUUGGCCUCCCCGGGUGAGCCUGCUCUCACGCCAAGCUCCAAACCCCUUCCUCCUCCACCACGAGAAGACCUGGACGAAGAUCCAGCCAUGAAACCACAAUCGGUGCUCAACAGAGUCAAGAUGUUUGAGAACAAACGAUCUGUUUCUGUGGACAGGGCCAAAGAGGGAGAGUCAUCGGUCCUCCGGCCUGCAGAUGUUCCCAAACCUGCAAGCACUCCUGCCCCCGUCCUCAAAGCUAACUCCCUCAGCAACCUGGAGCAGGAGAGGUCCACCUAUAGAGCUCCCGAGCCACAAAAGCCCCACAUUAAGCCCCUGGAUGACGUGCUACGUUCCAACCAUUACGACCCGGAUGAGGAUGAGGAGUACUACAGGAAGCAGUUGUCCUACUUUGAUCGCCGCAGCUUUGACAGCAAGGCCAUGGGCCAACCCGGUCCUGGCAUCAACCGCUUCCACGAUCUCCCCAAACCAUCCCAGCUGUCCUACCCCUUUAACAGAGUGGAGUCUGUGGAGAAGGUGAGCCCAGUGGAGAAAAGAUACGAGCCUUUACCUCAAAUCAGUCCGUCCUCACAGUAUGGACCCCCACUUCCUGCACUUCCACCCAACACGCUGCCCAAACUCAGCCCCAGUGAUGCUAACUCGAUACCUGACCCACUGAGCUCGCCCAAUCCUAAACCAGAUCUGGCAGCACUCAGGCCGACCAGCAGGGAUGAACCGGCACCAGGUGGUUACCUGCCACCAAGGGGCCUCCCUGACAAAAUCCCAGUUAACGGUACUGAUACAGCACCCACAAAAACUCUGGGGGCUCCCCCUCCAACCAGCUAUAACCGCUACGUCCCCAAGCCUUACACCAGCGCAGCCCGGCCCUUCGAGCGCAAGUUUGAGAGUCCAAAGUUCAACCACAAUCUGCUGCCCAACGACACACAGGUGAAAACAGACCUCCUCAGUAAGCCCAGCAUGGUGAGCAACAGCAGCGGGAAGCCCCAGCUGUCCCCCCAGCCCCUCGAUCACGACAGCGGUCUGGACACCUUCACACGCACGAUGGACAACAGGCCCAAAUACCAGCACAAUAACAUCAACGCCAUUCCCAAGGCCAUCCCUGUAAGCCCCGGUGCUCUGGACGAUGAUGACGAGGAUGAAGGGCACACAGUGGUGGCCACCGCCCGGGGCAUCUUCAACUGUAACGGAGGGGUCCUGAGCUCCAUCGAGACGGGCGUCAGCAUCAUCAUUCCUCAGGGUGCCAUCCCCGAGAGCGUGGAGCAGGAGAUCUACUUCAAGGUGUGCCGGGACAACAGCAUCCUGCCCCCCCUCGACAAGGAGAAAGGAGAAACUCUGCUAAGUCCGCUGGUGAUGUGUGGCCCUCAUGGACUGAAGUUCCUGAAGCCAGUGGAGCUCCGUUUACCGCACUGUGCGUCCAUGACCCCUGAUGGUGACCCUAAAACCUGGCAGAACAAAUCCCUCCCUGGAGACCCAAACUACCUGGUGGGUGCAAACUGCGUGUCUGUGCUCAUCGACCACUUCUGAAGAGGGCGACAGCUGGUCUGUUACUGAAUGUGAUAAACGUGGGGGGGCCCCUUCACCCCCCUCUCCCGCUGCUCCCCCCCGCACUGCGGCGAGGUGCGCACCGCUCCACGAAGUAUGAACUCCAUCCUCUCACGUUGUUUACUGUGCCCAAAACUUUAACAAGCAAGAAAAACAAGAGGAAACACACUUUCUCUCACACACACACACACACACACACACACGGUGUGAGGAGUCCGGCGGUCACGAGGCUGUUCUCCGAUUUGUUCCACGUUUUUUAGUUGUUUGUUUUCGGUGCUUUCAAGGCUUGCAAAAAAGAAAAAUAACAAUAAAAAGAAACAUUAAAACAGAUCAUUGAAACAAAAGGACUGAAGUUGGGCUGCAUGACCAGUGACCACAUGGAUGAUCUCAUUUUGACAUUUUUAGCUAAUUUUGUAAAAGAUAAAAGCAGCGCAAGAGGUGAAAAAAGGAGGGGGGUGGGGGGUAAUAAUACUUUUGGAAACAUUAAAUAUUGCAAUGAGAUUUUUGUGUACCGUAGAAGAAAAACAACGACGAAGCUCACAAACAAGGAAACGUGUGUUUGCGAGGUCGGCGCUCAGGCGUUUGACUCCAUGAAGGAUCUCCGAGGACUCCCCGAGUCCGCUUCAUGAAGGAAAACGCAGGCGUCGUAAAAAAACGAGUAGAAAAUACCGACGUUAAGUAUUAGCAUCAGAGGGAGCGCUCUCGGGUCAAACUACUGUUUUGUAGAGAAGUUUUCUCGUAGAUAAAUAUAGACUUUUACAAACUCCUGCUGUCUAGAGAUCUAUGCAUGUGCUACGACUCAGGUCCAGACGCCUGCUUCUACUAAGUUCAACAUGACACCCCCAUCGUACACUGCAAGCAGUGAUGCCUUAUCUGCAUAUUAACGUUUCAGUCCAACCUUCAAACAUGGGAUCCUUGAGUUGUAACCAUCACCACGAGAAGGAAAAGGUCGUCUCUGCAUAUUUUUCUCACCACCAGUGAACUCGGGGGGGGUUUAGCACACGAGGAUAAAUUGGGGCUGACGAACAACCGGUUUGCUUUGUUUUACUGCUAUGCAUCUGAAGUGUGAGGAAACGACACAAACAGCUAGAAGACGUUCAAAUCGUGGCUGUACAUACUGCUAGCAUAUGGCCUUGGUUCUCUGUAAAUGAACUUUUCUACAUCUUUGUUAUUUUGUACAAAAGAGAAAAAUGUUUGUUUAAAAAAAGACAAAGUGGUUACAUUGGUUAUGUUUGUAUUCUGGUUAUACCCCUGAGCCUUGGAACUGACAUAAGCAGUAAUAAGUCCGACUUUUCUACCAACAUUCACACACAAACAGAAACACGACUUAAGGCAUUUCUACCUGUCAGAAAACUUUUUAUUCUUAUUUACAAACUAGAGAAGUGCUUGGUUUAACUGAUUUUAAAAAGGUGUACUUGAGGGGGGCCGCUGUGAAGAGUGGCCCCUUCUUUUAUUUGUGAUACUGGAUGCUGUAUUGUGUGCCCUGAAAUGUAUUUUUGUACUAAUAGACAAUUUAUUAUGGCACAUCAGUACUAUUUUUCUUUUGAUAUGAUAACACGGCUUCAACCCAACACUAGUUUACGUUCCCGUGUGGCUGACGUUCUUUUUAUUUAUUUGGUUUUACUUUGGUUCAGAUUUUUUUUCUUUGC